AUGACGGCCUCAAUUUCCUUCUUGUCGCCUGUCGCCUUCUUUGUGACGUUUAGUUUCGUUCUCCUUACGGUCAUAUACCGUGUUUACUUCCACCCACUUUCCAAGUUUCCUGGCCCUUGGUACUACGCUGCCUCGCAGAUUCCCAUCACCAUCCAGCGCAUUAAGGGCGACGAGGUUGCCACCUAUGCCAAGUUGCACUCGAAAUACGGUCAGUAUGUGCGUAUUGCGCCAGGCGAAGUGAGCACUAUCAAUCCAGCCGCCGCAACAGACAUCUACGGACACCGUAAUGCCGCCCGCCAGAUACCCAAGGAUUUCAAGGCCUAUUACAUGAAGAACCAGCGUGGAGACGGCACCGAGGGCCUCAUGACGGCCGACGACGAGUCCCACCGUCGCAUGCGCAAGGUCUUCUCGCCAGCCUUCAGCGACCGGGCCAUUCGCGAGCAGGAGCCUCUUCUGAAGAAGUACACUGAUCUCUUUGUGCAGAAGUCGGGUGAAUGUUGUGAAUCCAAAGGCAAGGUGGAUAUCCACAUGUUCUUCAACUUCGCGACCUUCGACUUUGCCGCCGACCUCGUCUUUGGCGAAGGUCUCGACCAUCUGGAGCGGAUGGAGUAUCACCCUUUCCUGGCCAACAUCUCGGGGGUGGUCAAGUUCAGCGCCUGGCGAAGGGCUAUUCGAUCUUUCCCUUGGAUGGACAAAGUAUUUGUCAUGUUGAUCCCAAGGUCUAUGGUCAAGAAGCGAAUGGAACACACUAAGUUCUGCGAUGACCAUGUUACCUCGCGGCUGGAGAAGAAGAUUACAGAUCACCCGGACAUGUGGACUCUUGUCUUACAGGCGCAGGAGAAGGGAGAGGGUAUGACUUUUGGCGAGAUGCGCCAAAACGGGUUCCUCAUUCUCACGGCUGCGACGGAGACAACUUCGUCGUUGAUGACAGCGCUGACGUUUCUCCUGGCCCAAAACCCGGACAAGCUCAAGAAGCUCACAGAUGAGCUUCGCGGCAAGUUCAGCUCGACAGAGGAGAUGACCACGCUAAACCUGCCACACCUGGAGUAUCUCCAAUGCUGCAUCGAAGAAGGCCUGCGCUGCUACCCCCCCGUGCCCGGUGGUCUUCCUCGCCGCACCGGGCCACAGGGAGCCAGUCUUGACGGCCACCACCUCCCCCCGGACGUUGUAGUUUACUAUGCGCAGUCCGCCGCGUAUCAUUCUCGGAUGCAUUUUGCUCGGCCCAACGAGUUUAUUCCCGAGCGAUGGGCUUCGUCACCCCCUGCGGAACUCGCCAACGACCGUUUGGAGGCGGUCCAGGCCUUUUCUGCUGGUCCGCGUGACUGCAUUGGUAAAAACCUUGCCUACCAUGAAGCAAGGCUUCUGGCAGCGAAGUUUUUCUGGACGUAUGACGUAGAGGUGUGCGAUGAGAGUAUGGAUUGGAUGAACCAGAAAACAUACAUUGUUGGCCUUAAGAAACCGCUUUACGUGAAGCUUCACCGGGUCGAGAGGGAUCCAGAAGUAUCUUGGAUCGGCACACAAAUAUAG